CAUAUGAUCUCGUUUUCCGUCAUUAUAUUUUUAUAAACAUCGCAUUGGCUGUUAAUAUUUCUACAUAACCUUGUUUUGAUAAAAUAAAAAUGACAAAAACCGCCGAUAACGUGAACCCUAACGUAUACGAGAAGGGUUCAGAAAGGGAAAUCACGUCAACGGAACUUGAUGAAGACGUCUUGGAUGAUAUUGAUGAGCGUGAAAUUUUCGACCUUAUACGUAAUAUCAACGAUCCCGAACACCCACUGACUCUUGAAGAACUACGUGUGGUGGAACAACAGAAUGUAUUUAUAGAUAAUAAACAAAAUUUAGUUCGAGUUUACUUUACACCAACGAUACCACAUUGUAGCAUGGCUACUCUUAUUGGUCUGUCAAUCCGAGUGCAGUUAUUACGAGCCCUGCCAAGCCGAUUCAAAGUGACAGUGGAAAUUUCUGAAGGUACUCAUAUGUCGGAGCACGCUGUGAACAAGCAGUUAGCAGACAAGGAGAGGAUUGCCGCUGCUCUGGAGAAUAGUAACUUAGUCCAGAUUAUAAACCAAUGUAUUGCUAGUUCUUGAUGAUAUUCUGUAAUUAAUAUAAGAAGUUGAUACCGUUUGUAUCACAGAUAUAUAAGUAAAGUAUAUAAAUAAAAAUAAA